UGCAUGAGUGAUGCUCAACGCAAAAUGUAUGUUUUCAAGGUCAAGAAACCUAUCAGCUGCAUUUUUCGGCGAAAAAUAUUUCGAUACAAAAUCCUAAGGCGUUAAUGCUUAUGUUGUCGGUGUUUUAGUUAAAGGACUGUACAUAAUUAUACAUAUUCAGGAUGCUUUUCUUAACAUAUGUUACCCUGACGUUGUUUGUUUGGAGUACCCAUGCACAGCAAAAUUACGCCACUACUGUGCAGCCACCGGUAAAUACGACUGCUGUCUGCAUUUGCACGCUGGAAUAUAACCCGGUGUGCGGAGUGGACGGGAAGACGUACUCCAAUGCCUGCGGCGCGCGUUGUGCAAACGUUGCAGUAGCUUCGCAAGGUGAAUGCCCGGGAUCGUCAACGACUACUGCCAACCCUGGAUGCAUUUGUCCGGCAAUUUUCGCUCCUGUUUGCGGUGUUGAUGGAAAAACAUACUCAAGCAGCUGCGUUGCGGCUUGUGCAAAGGUUGCCGUGGCGUCACAAGGCGAAUGUGGUACGACGACCGCAAAUCCAGGUUGCGUUUGUACGGCAAUAUUUGCACCCGUUUGUGGUGUUGAUGGGAAGACCUACGCCAGCGCUUGUGUAGCAAAUUGUUCCAAAGUGGCAGUAGCGUCACAAGGCGAAUGUCCGACCACAACCACACCAAAUACCGGAUGUGUUUGCGCUGAAAUUUUCCAACCAGUUUGUGGUGCCGACGGGAAAACUUAUGGCAACGCCUGCGAAGCAGGCUGUAAAAAUGUGGCAGUUGUAUCCCAAGGCGAAUGCCCUUCCACGACAACUCCCAACGUUGGGUGCGUGUGUCCGGCAAUUUUCCAACCGGUUUGUGGCGUAGACGGGAACACUUACGGAAACUCCUGCGAAGCUGGGUGUAAAAGUAUUUCCGCUUUCAGGACGUUAUCCAUUACAAUCACAUGCCUGCUGAUCAUUGCUAGCGUUCAGGAAAGUCUAGCUGAUACCAGUAAAGCAUGCCCUUGCACACAUGAACGCGAUCCGGUUUGCGGCAAGGACGGGAGGAACUAUGCUAACACUUGCAUGGCCGAAUGCAAUGGAAUCGAAAUCGUACAUUCUGGAAAAUGCGAAGUCAGCGAUGUCCCCAAAGGCUAAUGAAUAAUUUCCGUGGCACGACUGAUGCAACAUAUAAACUGAUUUUGUGAUUUUUCUAAACUGAAUUGCUAGGAUUUUUCUAUGCAGUAGCUUUUUUUUGCUUAGGUUAAUUAUUCUUUCUAAAUUCAUAUGCGGCUGCACUAUGACAAAAAACAGUCUUGAUAAAUAAAUGCUGGCCUCACAGUUA